AUGCGGCUGGACUGCAGAUGGAUCCUGCUGCCAAUGCUGGCACUUUUCGUCGAAGCGAGAGAUGCACGAGCAUACCGUGGAGGCAAGGCAGAAUAUAUGAAAGCGGAUCGUAAAGGCGAAACCCAGUUUCAACAUCAGAAAACUAUCGAUGGAGCCGUACUGGGAUGCUUCGGAUACGUUGAUGGGCAGGGAAAAAUGUAUGUCACUCACUACUUGGCCGAUGUUGCGGGAUAUCGGAGCGUUAGCUUGUCUGCACCAGAUAAAAUUACCCAGGACCGUCUCAAAUUGCUGAGAAACGGUGAAGAUGGUCCAGUAGCAGAUCUAUUUCCGGUUGACUGUACAGAGCAAGGAGAUUUCGGGAAAUUGAAGCUGAUGGCUGAUAAGAUAAAGAAGGAUUUUGAGAGCGGUACAGAUGAUGACGAACCACAAAGGAAAUCCCCCGCUUACGACAAAAAAGAAGAUCCAACCAAUCCAAGUGAAAGUGGUAAUGCUCCAAAAACUAGCGAUGCAUCUAACGAUAGUCCAAAAGCGAAAAAAGAACCGUCAGAUACAAAAGCCAGUGAGACACCAAACGAAAAACAAAAUGUUCGAUUGAUAAACGUUAGGGAUCCUAGUACGUUCGGAAAACCGUUGCAGAAACUAGCAGAAAGCUUAAAAUCUCCGUUUAGAAAAUCACCAACGAAACCAGACGGAAACGAAGCUAAAAUGGAUCCAGUAAAAUCAGAUGAUUCACAGAAAAAGCAAUAUCCGAAGUCAUCGAACCAACCGAACCAAGACCUACCGCAAUCUAAAAAAGGAUUAGAAAAACCUUCAGAAAAUAAUCAGGAUCCGUUCGUAAAGCCAGAUGUAACUCUUAGAAUAUCUGAUGAUUCCAAAACAGUAAACGAUGAUUCAUCAGUUGGGAAGCCUAAGGAUGAACUAAAUAAAGAACCAACUGAUAAAAAUCUAUCGCCGAAAACAGGGCAGACACCAAGUAAGGCCGACAAAGAGCCCUCGAAGUCUCAUCCCAAAAAGGGAUCUGACAAACCUGCAAGUAAGAACAAAAAGCCCAACGACGAUGCAAAGGAAUCUGACAAGCCUGAAGAUCAACAAGACGACUCGAGCGCGGAGAAGCCCGAGGACGAUGAUUCCAAUGAUCCCAAGCAAUCGCCGAAGUCAGGAAAGGAGCCAAGUAAGGCCGACAAAGAGCCCUCGAAGUCUCAACCCAAGAAGGGAUCUGACAAACCUGCAAGUAAGAACAAAAAGCCCAACGACGAUGCAAAGGAAUCUGACAAGCCUGAAGAUCAACAAGACGACUCGAGCGCGGAGAAGCCCGAGGACGAUGAUUCCAAUGAUCCCAAGCAAUCGCCGAAGUCAGGAAAGGAGCCAAGUAAGGCCGACAAAGAGCCCUCGAAGUCUCAACCCAAGAAGGGAUCAGACAAACCUGCAAGUAAGAACAAAAAGCCCAACGACGAUGCAAAGGAAUCUGACAAGCCUGAAGAUCAACAAGACGACUCGAGCGCGGAGAAACCCGAGGACGAUGAUUCCAAUGAUCCCAAGCAAUCGCCGAAGUCAGGAAAGGAGCCAAGUAAGCCCUCGAAGUCUCAACCCAAGAAGGGAUCUGACCAACCUGCAAGUAAGAACAAAAAGCCCAACGACGAUGCAAAGGAAUCUGACAAACCUGAAGAUCAACAAGACGACUCGAGCGCGGAGAAGCCCGAGGACGAUGAUUCCAAUGAUCCCAAGCAAUCGCCGAAGUCAGGAAAGGAGCCAAGUAAGGCCGACAAAGAGCCCUCGAAGUCUCAACCCAAGAAGGGAUCUGACAAACCUGCAAGUAAGAACAAAAAGCCCAACGACGAUGCAAAGGAAUCUGACAAGCCUGAAGAUCAACAAGACGACUCGAGCGCGGAGAAGCCCGAGAACGAUGAUUCCAAUGAUCCCAAGCAAUCGCCGAAGUCAGGAAAGGAGCCAAGUAAGGCCGACAAAGAGCCCUCGAAGUCUCAACCCAAGAAGGGAUCUGACAAACCUGCAAGUAAGAACAAAAAGCCCAACGACGAUGCAAAGGAAUCUGACAAGCCUGAAGAUCAACAAGACGACUCGAGCGCGGAGAAGCCCGAGGACGAUGAUUCCAAUGAUCCCAAGCAAUCGCCGAAGUCAGGAAAGGAGCCAAGUAAGGCCGACAAAGAGCCCUCGAAGUCUCAACCCAAGAAGGGAUCUGACAAACCUGCAAGUAAGAACAAAAAGCCCAACGACGAUGCAAAGGAAUCUGACAAGCCUGAAGAUCAACAAGACGACUCGAGCGCGGAGGAGCCCGAGGACGAUGAUUCCAAUGAUCCCAAGCAAUCGCCGAAGUCAGGAAAGGAGUCAAGUAAGGCCGACAAAGAGCCCUCGAAGUCUCAACCCAAGAAGGGAUCUGACAAACCUGCAAGUAAGAACAAAAAGCCCAACAACGGUGCAAAAGAAUCUGACAAGCCUGAAGAUCAACAAGACGACUCGAGCGCGGAGAAACCCGAGGACGAUGAUUCCAAUGAUCCCAAGCAAUCGCCGAAGUCAGGAAAGGAGCCAAGUAAGGCCGACAAAGAGCCCUCGAAGUCUCAACCCAAGAAGGGAUCUGACAAACCUGCAAGUAAGAACAAAAAGCCCAACGACGAUGCAAAGGAAUCUGACAAACCUGAAGAUCAACAAGACGACUCGAGCGCGGAGAAGCCCGAGGACGAUGAUUCCAAUGAUCCCAAGCAAUCGCCGAAGUCAGGAAAGGAGCCAAGUAAGGCCGACAAAGAGCCCUCGAAGUCUCAACCCAAGAAGGGAUCUGACAAACCUGCAAAUAAGAACAAAAAGCCCAACGACGAUGCAAAGGAAUCUGACAAGCCUGAUGAUCAACAAGACGACUCGAGCGCGGAGAAGCCCGAGGACGACGAUUCCAAUGAUCCCAAGCAAUCGCCGAAGUCAGGAAAGGAGCCAAGUAAGGCCGACAAAGAGCCCUCGAAGUCUCAACCCAAGAAGGGAUCUGACAAACCUGCAAGUAAGAACAAAAAGCCCAACGACGAUGCAAAGGAAUCUGACAAGCCUGAAGAUCAACAAGACGACUCGAGCGCGGAGAAGCCCGAGGACGAUGAUUCCAAUGAUCCCAAGCAAUCGCCGAAGUCAGGAAAGGAGCCAAGUAAGCCCUCGAAGUCUCAACCCAAGAAGGGAUCUGACAAACCUGCAAGUAAGAACAAAAAGCCCAACGACGAUGCAAAGGAAUCUGACAAGCCUGAAGAUCAACAAGACGACUCGAGCGCGGAGAAGCCCGAGGACGAUGAUUCCAAUGAUCCCAAGCAAUCGCCGAAGUCAGGAAAGGAGCCAAGUAAGGCCGACAAAGAGCCCUCGAAGUCUCAACCCAAAAAGGGAUCUGACAUACCUGCAAGUAAGAACAAAAAGCCCAACGACGAUGCAAAGGAAUCUGACAAGCCUGAAGAUCAACAAGACGACUCGAGCGCGGAGGAGCCCGAGGACGAUGAUUCCAAUGAUCCCAAGCAAUCGCCGAAGUCAGGAAAGGAGCCAAGUAAGGCCGACAAAGAGCCCUCGAAGUCUCAACCCAAGAAGGGAUCUGACAAACCUGCAAGUAAGAACAAAAAGCCCAACGACGAUGCAAAGGAAUCUGACAAGCCUGAAGAUCAACAAGACGACUCGAGCGCGGAGGAGCCCGAGGACGAUGAUUCCAAUGAUCCCAAGCAAUCGCCGAAGUCAGGAAAGGAGUCAAGUAAGGCCGAAAAAGAGCCCUCGAAGUCUCAACCCAAGAAGGGAUCUGACAAACCUGCAAAUAAGAACAAAAAGCCCAACGACGAUGCAAAGGAAUCUGACAAGCCUGAAGAUCAACAAGACGACUCGAGCGCGGAGAAACCCGAGGACGAUGAUUCCAAUGAUCCCAAGCAAUCGCCGAAGUCAGGAAAGGAGCCAAGUAAGGCCGACAAAGAGCCCUCAAAGUCUCAACCCAAGAAGGGAUCUGACAAACCUGCAAGUAAGAACAAAAAGCCCAACGACGAUGCAAAGGAAUCUGACAAGCCUGAAGAUCAACAAGACGACUCGAGCGCGGAGAAGCCCGAGGACGAUGAUUCCAAUGAUCCCAAGCAAUCGCCGAAGUCAGGAAAGGAGCCAAGUAAGGCCGACAAAGAGCCCUCGAAGUCUCAACCCAAGAAGGGAUCUGACAAACCUGCAAAUAAGAACAAAAAGCCCAACGACGAUGCAAAGGAAUCUGACAAGCCUGAAGAUCAACAAGACGACUCGAGCGCGGAGAAACCCGAGGACGAUGAUUCCAAUGAUCCCAAGCAAUCGCCGAAGUCAGGAAAGGAGCCAAGUAAGGCCGACAAAGAGCCCUCGAAGUCUCAACCCAAGAAGGGAUCUGACAAACCUGCAAGUAAGAACAAAAAGCCCAACGACGAUGCAAAGGAAUCUGACAAGCCUGAAGAUCAACAAGACGACUCGAGCGCGGAGGAGCCCGAGGACGAUGAUUCCAAUGAUCCCAAGCAAUCGCCGAAGUCAGGAAAGGAACCAAGGAUGGGAUCUGAACAACCUGCAUCUAAACCCAGUGACUCCAAAGACGUUUUGGCCGCCAUUAGCAGAGUGUUGCCGGUGAUUCGUGAUAUAGGAGCGCCUUUGUCUAGUCGUUUUUCUGGAGAUAAACCUUCGAUGACUCCAAAGACGGCCGAACCAUCUGCUACCGACGGCGAUGUGUACGAUGAGGUAGAUGAUGAAGAGGAUACCGACUCGGUUGAUGCAGGUACACCAGAGAAGCAACAAGAAAACGAACCGGAGAAACCGAGCCAAACAACACCGGAGCCAACGGAUACAGGCAGUUGCAUCGAAAUCAUAUUGCGGGUACCUACAGACGCCAGGCAUGUGAUUGUGCGGACCGAAAACCCAAAGUUUAAAACGCAAGAUGGUGCUUCGCUGAACGAGUUGGUAAACAAAAUUGGACCUGGUGUCUACGAUGUCCAGUUGGCCAAGUUUGAUAAGGUAGUGUUUGAAAAGUACGAUAAAUCCUCAUCUGAAGCAGAACCGGAAACACCGAAGAAUCUAGGAAAGGCAUUCAACUAUGAUGAGCUGGUGCAGAAACCAAGAAAUUCUGUGUCUAAAGCAAGGGUGCCGGAAGAUAGCACAAAUGCAUACCUUCCGAAGGUUGGUAACACCCGAUCGCGUGUCGGCGGUACUGAUGAGAAGCAGGAAAAAUCGGCUAGGGAUGAAAAUAAGCCAUCCAAUCAGCGUCGUAUUCCGGAUAGAUUCAUGGCAAUGGGACGACGAGGUUGA